AGAAUAUUAUUCAUUGCGCUUUCGGAGUCCCUGACCCUCUGCUCACAAUCAUUAAGGACCUUCAUGACGGUGGACAGUCCCGGGCAAAGCUGCGUGACCAGGAGCCAGAGCCAUUGGCUGUUCACCUUGGGGUGCGACAGGGAUGUCAUCAGCACCAGGGAGGCAAAUGCGGCCGGGCGCAGUGCUGGCCACAAACUGCCUCAUUUGCCGUGCCGGCCUUCAUAGGUGCUUGCUAACAGCACUUCCACCAACAGCCUGUUAAAUUCUAUACGGGGGAUCUUUGCCUUUGUGCACUGUCACACUCACAACCCUUUGCUGAACUAAGCACGCGUCGGGUUCCUGCUGAGGUAGGGUCCGGGUAGAAUCAGUAGAGUUCGGGUUCUAGAGUUCAGAUUGGGUCUAAAGUGAGGGCUCAUCUAUGUUCAGUGUUAUUGGGUUUGGAUUUGGACGAGAGCUCGGGAUAGGAUUCGAGUUAGAUGUAUGAUUUGGCGUUAGGUUUAUGGUUAGGGCUAGGUUUAAGGUUUUGGCUAUGGUUAUAAUUAUGGCUAUGGCUCCGGGUUCGAGCUAUGCUAGGGUUAUGGUUCGAGGUUUAGGCUAUUGCUGGAGUUAUGGCUAUAGGGGUCUGGCUAUCUUCGGUUUCUGGUCAGCCUAGAGCUAUGGUCAGGGUUAGAGAUGGACACAUGGCUGACGUCAGGCUCGCGCGGUUCAAAACAAACAACAUAUGCGGCCGGGGCACACGCACUGUUGUGGGACUUCCCCCGGCGUUUUGCUGCAGUCGGCUCUCAGGAGUGAGGCAAUCUCUCUCUCCCUCCCUCCCACUCACCAGCCACAGCGACGGUGGGGUAAUUUUAGAACACGAAGGGGAUUAACACCGCGCCUCGCGCAACUGAAACGUAAGGCCACGCACGCGCUCUCGGCUCGCGUCCGAUCUACGCAGCACCACAGAGGGCCGGACGGAUGAGCGUCAGGCGAUUGUAAACCACGGCAGGUCCCAUUAGCAGCAGCAGCAGCAACAGCAGCAGUAGCAACAAUAGCAACAGCAGCAGCAGCAACAACAGCAGAACGUGGAACCGAGAUGAAAAGUGCGCAAUGAAUCGCGGAGCGGCUGCGUGUUUGGGGAUUGCAUUGAGAGAGGGAAAUGUGAACACGUGGAUGAGGGAACGCAUUAGGGAGCGGUGAAGUGGGGCUUGGACGGGACGCGUCGAGACCACAAAGGGACUACGGUUGAGUGUGCAACGGGGGAGCGACAGCCGCGAAAUGCAACGCAAGCGAGAGAACGUCGGCCGGGGGAGACGAUGGAGCGCUUCAACCAGCUCGCGUUGCAGGUGCUGGGUGUUCCGUUCCAUCUCAGGAUCGUGAAAUCGCAACGGCUUGGGAAGGCCUUUGUCCAGCGGUCGCGGCCCUGCCGCCCCCUUCCUGGAGGUGGUCGAGCAGCCCGAGGCACGGGGCAUGAGGUUCCGCUACCCGUCCGAGGGCGCGUGCGCGGGCUCCCUGCUCGGGGCCAGCACUACGGACCGCGACAAAACCUACCCCAGCGUGCGGCUAGUGAACUUGACGGGCAAGGCCGAGGUGCAAGUGUGCCUGGUGACACGCGACGCUCCCCACCGGCCGCACCCCUACAGCCUCGUGGGCCGCGAUUGCGAAGAUGGCAUCUUCAAGCAGCUCGUGGUCCAGGGCUGCUCGACCGUGCAGCUUAUCAACGUUGGGAUUCAAUGCGUGAAGAAGUCGAUGGUGCAGCGCUCGGCUGAAGAUAAGAUCAGAAAAAUUAACCCCUUCAAAGUGUCGGAUCGGGUGGUGGUGCGUCCCGAGGAGAUGGACCUCACGGCCGUGAGGCUCUGCUUCCAGGCAAAGCUGCUGCCCAGCAACCAGAUUCUGACCCCGGUCCUCUCCGAGAUCAUCUUCGACAAGAAAGCGACGUGCGCGUCUCAACUAAAGAUCACGCGCAUGAACAAAACUUACGGCAGCGUGCACGGAGGAGACGAGGUGAUGCUGUUCUGCGAGAAGGUUCAGAAAGAUGACAUCCGGGUGGUCUUCUCGCUGGCCGGCUGGCAGGCCGAGGGCAUCUUCUCGACGGGCGACGUCCACAAGCAGGUGGCCAUCGUCUUCAAGACGCCAGCCUUCCACGACCAGAGCAUCUGCGCCCCAGUCAAGGUCUCCAUCCACCUGUGGCGCCCCUCGGAUCAGCAGCAGAGCAUCCCGCACAGCUUCCUGUACAAGCCCGAGCUGGACGACGCUUUUGGAGUUGAGCGCAAACGAAAACAGACGCCUUACCAGCUGCAAGAGUUUGUGAACUCCGGAGCGAUGCACGCAGGUGCAUCGGGGCCCCCCGCCCCGACGGCCCCCAUCGCCGCUCCCAUGAAGCCCUCCACGCCCGCAACGCGGUACUCCAAGAGACUCAGUUCCUCGCGAGGCUUGAAUCCGCGCAGAGCCGGCAGCGUCAUCGCCACCUCCCCGGCCACCCCGAGCCCCCCGAUCUCAACUCCGAGCCCACCGGAUCUGAACGUCAGCCCGGGCUGCAUUGUGACGUCCACCAACACCAUCCUCAACGUCACCAUGUCCCAGGGACGCAUUCUGCAGGCGGCCCAGGCGCCGGAGGCCCCCUUCACGGACGACCAGGUGGCACAGAUGGAGGAGAUCUUCGCCCAGAACACGGGCCCCGUGAGCGCCGUGCUGGCGGGUGACCUCGCGACCUUGCGGCUCACGUUCGACCCGGCUCCCGCCGGCGUGGCCAUGCUGGUGCCGUCCACGGAGGUGGCGGUGGAGGAGGAGGCCGCUCGCGCCGCGAUGGACCUCGCGCUGCUCGAGGACGUUCUGCCCCUCACGGCGGACGACGACCACAUGGCUGACAAUGUCCUCAGGGAGCUGCAGGAGGGCCGUCUACACAUCAACUACAACGAGCUGAUGAACAUCGACGGCAUCUUGCCGGAGCAGCUGAUGGAGCUGUAGCGGACGCCUGCAGUUUGUUGCUUAAGUAGUCGGGUUGCCGCCUGUCCCCUGGGAGCUCGGUCAGCCUUUCCGGGAAAUGGCACGACCCGGUGUUUGUCAGUUGCGUAAUAACAUCAAUAAUGUGAGAACGAUGACGCACCACGCAAGGGCAUGAGUCCGGCGGCCAAGGGGAAGCGAAGAGCUCAGAAGAGACGGUGGACACAGCUGGGCCAGGUCACGGAGGUCGCCGUUCGUGUCACCGCUGUGCGCCAGCUAGCUGUGGAAUAUCUGGCGGAAGGAGGGGGAGCGUUGUGGCCGUGCCUCCACGAUUACUUCGGCCAGGAUGGCGUCUCCAUCUACGCGGCGCUCCCCUCCUGCAGAGGAGCUGUGAGAUAUUCUUCUUCCCCCUCACCCCCAAGAGGUGGCAACCCCCGUACACCAGGUGACGAUGGCAGUCGAGCAUGCGGGUUGCUGGAGGACCCCAUUUUUGCUCUCGACUACGGAGCUGCGCCUCCUCGUUCUCUCCUCCGGUGAAACCCUCGCAAGCUGCACCACGAUGGGUUUUCUAAUGCGAGAACCGGACAAUCAUUCGAGUGUGGCAGAACCCUCCUGAGAAUGCGGCCCUGAGACUCGUGACGCUCUGGCGACAUUAUUUUACUGGUUUUUUUUUUAUCAUUGAAUGUAUGUAAAAAAAAACAUAGGGGCAAAUAAGGGGAUCGGGCUCUGAAAGAUGACCGUUCAAGGAUAUUUGCCAAGCUACAUAAAAUGGUAACCGUGUACAGUACAUACUUUAACCGUAGCUACGCUAUCGCAUUCGCUUGUAGACGGACAACAAUCCUCGCUCAACGCGAUUCGAUUAUUUGUCCUGAUGAGGCUGGUUGGGGCCGGGGAGCGAUUAGAUUCCAUAAUCGAUUAUUUACUGUCUUGUUGUUAACAUUGCGGCUCCAUCAUUGCAUUGUGAUGAUGGCAGCAGCAGCGAUGUUGUGGUUUAGGAGCUCGAUGCCAAAGUCGAGGUCUUUCUGCUGCUGGCAGUGACGAGAUGACUUCAGCAGAGAGAGAGUUCGUGUGGUGUCGUUUCAAUGUAUCUCCUCCUAAAUCCGUUGAAGGAGCGCGGACCACAGUGGGUUUACUGCACCGUCCAUAGCGUGGGUUGCAUGGCCACAAUCGCUCGGCUGCGUCUUUAAUGUUGCAUUCAUGGAGGAGAUGUGCGCAUCGGCCUGCUGGUGAUGUUCUGAUGUGGAUGAUGGUUCCACCACCGGUGUCUUCUUCUUUAAAGGAGGAGGAAUGUCGAAUCCAGGAGGUUGUGAUGUUUGGGUCUCGAAUGAGGAGUUGGUUGUUGUGGCCGUCCAGGGUUGUUCCUCUCGGCUGCCAUUCCAGCUCUCGUCCGUCCGGCUCCCUGGAGAUGCACUCGGCCUCUCUGCCUGCGUGCUGUGACAUCACGCCGUGGACAUACCCGUACAUUUCAAACAAACACGCAGUGAAUGCGGCCUUUGCGCACUGUGCAAAAACCAUCGACAGUUCCUCAAAAGCUACGGCGUAGUCCUCUGGUGUCUAACGUAGGUAGUGGUCAAAUUAAAUUUGAGUAACUGUGGCCGACUGCUCGGCAACAACGAGAGGGACAACUGUGGAACGGAAAUGCUAAUUAAGUCGUUGUAUGCUGCGCGCGACUGAUGAUUGCUAAACUCGUCCCCAUGUGGCGUAGAGAGCACCAAUUAGAAUUAAGAGAGACGGAUGCCUUGUGCGUGCGUUGUGGUAGUGGUGGCACAGUGGUUGGCGCACUGCACUACGGACCCCCCCCCCCCCCAUGUCCUGCGUCCGGUGUAAGCGACCAUCGUUGGGGAGCCGAAGGCGUCCGGGCACGGUGCCGGCCACACCACCACCAGCUUGUGCAGCGCCGGCCUUAUUAGGUGCUCGCUGACAGCACUUGCCCCUAACAGUCUGUUAAAAUUCCAUUCGGGUGAUCUUUGCCUUUUAGCUUGGCGCGCAGUGAGGCAGCGAGUGCCCGAUUGGAUGUCUUCCGCGCGGCCUGCACGGCGCGCGAGGGCCCGCGCCUUUUUGUUGCAAACAUCAGGCGCGAGCCGCGUGUGACGACCUCGGCUGUGCUGCUCGUUUCGUACGGAUUUGCACUAGAUUGGUGAACUCGGAGCGUCUGACAUUCCGUGGUGCGGGCUGGUGAGCUGUUGAAGUUGGGAAACCCUCGCUAUUGGGCAGGAGGAGGCGGGGGGGGGGGGGCACCUCCCCGCUUCAGGUCGUCUCUGUCCACGCUGUCUAUAAGCUGAUUCAUUGUUGUGCCCUCGCGGUGGACACUCGCUUGAUGUUUAAGUUAUUCGGCUCGCAUCCCUUCGCAGAUGUCUGCAGGCCUCAUUCACUAUUUAAUACGUGUGUACGUGGUUAUGUGUGUACAGUAUGUCUGUUGAAAUUAUAUUCGCGCCGUGAUAGUAGGAGGUGCGAAAAGAUACACUAACGCAACAAAAAACCAACAUAUCCACUCCUCUGCGUCAAGGUGCCAAUAGUUAAUCUCGUCUAGCUUUGACAUGUUCUGGGUGUUGUCAGCAACAUCUGGCCUGUGAAACGCUCCACGCUUGCCGCCAGCUAAUGAUGUGAUUGGAAGGCGUUACUCCGGUUUACCUAAACGGCGACAGACCUCUCUCCCUGUUCAACUCAAAACUGUCAUAUUUGCAUUAAAACUCUACGUCGUAAUACGUCGUUGCAUUGUCUCCGACAGUCGCGGAACUUACCCUGCAACGUUUGUCCGGAAGGGUCAAGAACGGACUGGGCUUAUCCUGAACCUGGCCCAAGGUCAAUAAAACUUUGACCAGAUACAAAUGAGCUGCUGCUGCUGCUUCGUUGCCAGUGGUGCAAAAACACAAAUGUCAAAAACACUGGACACAUUAUUAAACAUGUACAAUAUACGA